AUGGGUCGUGGUGGCGGCGGCCGCGGAGGCGGUUUCGCCGGCGGUCGCGGCGGCGGUCGCGGCGGCGGUCGCGGCGGUGGUCGCGGCGGUGGCAGGGGAGGUGGACGCGGCGGCGGACGCGGCGGACGCGGCGGUCGCGGCGGCAUGAAGGGCGGCGCCAAGGUUGUCGUGGAGAAGCACCGCCACGAGGGCAUCUUCGUGGCGCGCGGCAAGGAGGACGCCCUCGUGACCAAGAACAUGGUCGUCGGCGAGUCGGUGUACGGCGAGAAGCGCAUCUCGGUCGAUGGCGAAGACGGAACCAAGACCGAGUACAGGGUGUGGAACCCUUUCCGCUCCAAGGUUGCAGCCGGCAUCCUGGGCGGCCUCGACAACAUCUACAUCAAGCCCGGCACCAAGCUCCUCUACCUCGGCGCCGCCGCGGGUACCACCGUGUCCCAUUGCUCCGACGUCGUCGGACCUGAGGGCCUCGUGUACGCCGUGGAGUUCUCCCACCGCCCCGGCCGCGAUCUCGUCAACAUGGCGAAGAAGCGCACCAACAUCAUCCCAAUCAUCGAGGAUGCCCGCCACCCCAUCAGGUACCGCAUGCUCGUCGGCAUGGUGGACACCAUCUUCGCCGACGUGGCCCAGCCCGAUCAGGCGCGUAUCGUCGCUCUCAACGCCCAGCACUUCCUUAAGCCCGGCGGCAACUUCAUCAUCUCCAUCAAGGCGUCUUGCAUCGACUCCACCGUCCCCGCCGAGGCUGUGUUCGCCAGGGAGGUCAAGAAGCUGCAGCAGGAGCAGUUCAAGCCCGCGGAGCAGCUCACCCUGGAGCCCUACGAGCGAGACCACGCCAUCGUCUGCGGCUCCUACCGCGUCGGCAAGAAGAAGGACAAGUAG